GGAAAUCAAUGACUCCUCCAUAUUCCUUUGUUUUUUUUUUUUCUGUGUUAAGUUCGCCUUUAGUUUUUAUUUUUUUCCCUUUUUUUUUUUCAAAACCAUUCAUCUUCCCACUCCUCCACAUUCUUCUUCUUCUUCUUCUUCUCCCAAAACCUAACAACUCAGAGACCAAAAAAGAAAAAAAAAAAUCCAAAAUCGCAAAAGUAAACACAAAACCUUUCUCUCUAUCGAUUUCUCAGAUUCUGGAUCUUGUUUCAUUUUAUUCACCUGGAUUUAUAGAUUCCCAAAAUUUCUAGGGUUUCGCGAUGGAGGAAGUUACGCCGGUGAAUGAAAUCGAGAAUCAGAAGACGCCGAUUGAGCCGAAGAAGUCGUCAAAUAAGCGGAAGAGAGAACCUGCGGCGAUUGAGAAUCUGACUUCUGAGGAGAAAGAAGCUCAGAUCUCGUCGUUGAAUCGAGAGAUGAAAGGGCUUUUUGAUUAUUUUCGUGAAAUGAUGGACGAUGAGAGUAAGAGAACAGAUCUGUUUUCUAGGUUUAGUGAUUGUUCGUCUGUGAAUUCUAUGGUUGCUUUGUUGAUGGAGGAGAUGAGUUUGCCGUUGUCGAAGCUUGUCGAUGAGAUUUACUUGAAAUUGAAGGAGAAGAUUGAAACUGUUACUUUGGUAGCUGUGAAGAGUGCUGUUGUUUCUGUCGGUCAGAGAGUGAGUUAUGGUUUGCCUAACGCAGAUGCUGAUGUUUUGGAGGAUGAUUCUGAAUCUUGUCUCUGGUGCUGGGAGACGAGAGAUUUGAAAAUGAUGCCGAGUUCUGUUCGUGGAUUGCUUAAAGUUCGACGGACCUGUAGGAAGAAGAUUCAUGAAAGGAUUACAGCAGUUUCUGCAAUGUUAGCUGCAUUACAAAGAGGAGAAACUGAAAAGUCGUGUAGAUCUAAUCUGAGCAAAGCUGCUGAAAAGCUUGGUAAAAUACUGACUGAGGUGGAUAUACGAUCAUUUAUGGAUAACAUGUUGCAGAAGAACAGCGCAGAGAUGGCUGAGAAAGACUCAAAGCGAGAAGGGAAGCUGCUUCUUAAACAAUUGGAGAAAAGUAGAUGUGAAGCUGAGAAGGAAAAGAAGAGAGUGGAACGUCAAGUAUUGAAAGAGAGAUUGCAACAGGAAAAAGAGCAGAAGCUAAUGCAGAAAGCAAUUAUUGAUGAAAAUAAUAAAGAAAAGGAAGAGACUGAGUCAAGAAAACGGUUAAAGAAACAGCAAGAUGAGUCGGAGAAGGAGCAGAAGCGUAGAGAAAAGGAACAAGCCGAGCUAAAAAAGCAACUUCAAGUACAAAAACAAGCAUCAAUCAUGGAGCGGUUUCUUAAAAAGAGCAAAGACAGUUCAAUAACCCAACCUAAGCUUCCUUCCAGUGAAAUAACUGCUCAGGAACCUUCAUGUGCAAAACCUGAGAAUGAAAGUGGAACAGUUAUUCAGGCCAUUGACAAUGCCUUUUCAACAACUUGUGAAGCUACACUUGAUGAUAUUCGCAGGGAACACUUUGCUUCUUGGCGACAGUUGGGUCAUUCGCUCUCCAGUACGAAAAAGCAUUGGGGUAUGCGUAGACAACCUAAGAGUGAACUGUUUCCGAAACUAAAACUAUCUACAAAUAGGGGAGCAACAUCUGACGGUGAACCGAACAUGGAGAAGCAAGUGGAUGGGUGUGAAGAGAAAAACUUUGAUGGUAUAUCUUCCAUUGGGCAGUGUGAGUCUUCGUCAUCUGAUCGUAAGAAGAAGUCCAGGAGGGCCAAGCAGUUGUUACAAUUUGAUAAAAGCUGCAGACCAGGCUUUUAUGGUAUCUGGCCUAGCCAAAGUCAAGUUGUGGGGCCACGUCGUCCUCUGAAAAAGGAUCCAGAAUUGGAUUAUGAAGUUGAUAGUGAUGAAGAAUGGGAAGAGGAAGAAGCAGGUGAAAGCCUUUCAGAUUGUGAGAAAGNAUUUAUCUGUAAGGGAACACUUUGCUUCUUGGCGACAGUUGGGUCAUUCGCUCUCCAGUACGAAAAAGCAUUGGGUUGCUUAUGUAAACUUUGGUUCUCUCAGGGGGUCCAAGUGGAUAGAAUGGACAUUGAUUCGUCUGAGCAGGAUGCAAGUACGCCAUCAUCUAAGCAAGAUCAAGAAAGUCAAGAGUUUUGCGCGUUACUCCAACAACAAAAACAUCUGCAAAGUUUAACUGACCAUGCUCUGAGGAAAACGCAGCCACUGAUCAUAUGUAACCUAACGCAUGAGAAGGUCCCUCUCUUAGCCUCUAAAGAUCUAGAAGGGACACAAAAAGUGGAACAGAUAUGUCUGCGAGCUCUCAUGGUGCGAGCAUUCCCAUGGACGUCUCUCAUCGAGAUAUCGAUCAAUGACAUAGAAGAUGAGGAUGAGGAAACUGGCAAGUCAUCUUGUAGUCAGAGCACACCUCCAUCUAAUUCAAAAGCAAAGUCCAUACCAGACUCGGAUUUAAUUACAGUUGUAUCAACUAUUCAAUCAUGCCCUCAAGGUAUCAAUAGAGUGGUUGAAACAUUACAACAGAAGUUUCCUGAUGUACCAAAGACCAAGCUAAGACAAAAAGUGCGUGAAAUAUCAGAUUUCGAGGAUAGCCGUUGGCAGGUAAAGAAAGAAGUAUUGACAAAGCUUGGAUUAUCACCGUCACCAGAUAAAGGCGGUAAGAGACCAAAAAUGAUAUCUACAUUCUUCUCAAAACGCUGUUUGCCUCCAUCCACAAAGCCACAACCUGCCGCAGUCCAAGAGGCACAGAGAUUAGAAAACGAGAAUGCUUAGGUCUCUUCACUGUUUCCAUAUUUUUUUGGUUACAUCCCUCAACUUAGCUAUAUCCUUUUUUUUUUUUUUGCUUCUUGUGGAUACAAAUGUAUGAUGCAAUAACAUCGGAAAGUGUUUAGUUGAGGGAAUGUUUUGUUCAAGUAAAAGUCUAUAAAUCUACCUUAUUUUUCA